AUUACGUGUAUUCCUAUAUAUAGAAAUUAUUCACCCAUGACUUCGAAGGGAAAAUAUAGCUUACAAUAUUUAUUAUUCCAGUAACCUAAAGAUACUCAUUAUGGCAGUAUACAUUUGGGGAUUUGGGAAACUUGGACAACUUGGCAACGGACGAACGGACACAGUUCACACACCAAUUAAGGCGAACCUUCGUGAUGACGUUUUGAGUGUUCACUGUGGAGGAUAUUUUACCGCGGUAAUUACCGCCAGUGGGCAGCUAUUCACGUUCGGGUGUGGGAAAUAUGGUCGACUUGGCACGGGCGAUGAAGCGGACAGACACACUCCUGAACAUGUGCACGUGCUGAAGGAUGGAAAAGAUGUGAAACUGAAAAAGGUGUCGUGCGGCAUCUGGCACGGGGCUGCUGUAUCAGAAGACAACGACGUCUUCGUAUGGGGUUACGGUAAAUCCCAUGGCGUCCUCGGAACCCGAAGCGCUCAACAUCUUGCACUCCCCACGUGCUUACCCGGUACAUUAUCUAAUCGAGUGGCCGGUGUGUCGUGUGGAAACAACUUCUCUGUAGUGUGGACCAUGGACGGGGAAGCCUUCUCAUGGGGUUGUGGGAGGCAUGGCGUGUUGGGUCACGGAAAUGAAGAUGACCAGCUGACACCAAAGGUAAUAAAGAAAUUUCAAGAUGACGGCGUGAAAGUUAAUUUUAUGAGCGCCGGAUUUGCCCACUCCGGUGCAGUGACGGAGGCUGGUGUGUUCAUGUUUGGUCGCGGGGAGGACGGAGCGCUUGGCCAAGGCCAAAACAACUCGAAGUCACAGCGGGUACCUACGCUUGUUGGCGGAUCACAAACGUUAGGUGCUGUCGAGUUGAGCUGUAGUGUAGGUGAAAAACAUGGACAUACCUUAUUUGUCAAUAAAGGUCAAGUAUAUUCUUUUGGUGAUGGGUACAAAGGUAAAUUAGGCUUGGGUGAUCAGAAUUCAAGAUAUACACCAACAAAAAUCCCAGAAGAACACUUCAAUGGCGAAUAUAUAUCUCACGUUUCCGCCGGUGGAAUUCACAGCGCAGCCGUUAGCCGAGACGGAAGCGUUUUCACGUGGGGUUGCGGCAGUGAUGGACGACUAGGUCAUCCGGAGGGUCAAGGUCACAGAUAUCUGUUCCGUAGUGAUAUUCCAAAACUGGUGGAAGGACUGCCUAAAGUUCGACAUGCCGUGGCAAUAAGUUGUUCGUACUAUCAUACUGCUGCUUCAGUGCAAUCCUGAUAGUGCUUUCAUAUAAAGGAUUUUAGAAGGUCACGAUUUGUUAUACAAUAAAUGUUUGUUUGCCGACGAGAGUGACUUAGUAGAACUAUGUACUAUGUCCAUUCAGAGCCUUAAUUUGGUUGCGUGUAUAUGACGCACAUUUGUCAGGGGACUAGCCUCGAGGGUAAGUUUUGGACUCAUAUGUUGUUAUUGAAAAAGCCGGCUGUCCUGGAAAGCAAAUAAGACAUAAUGAUAAAUCUAAUAUAUCACUAACGUAUGAUAUACUUACCUGUAUUUAAUACCAGUCUUAUCCAGUAAGCGAUUGUAUAUUGCAGUAUGUUCGCAAUAUCAUUUAACUACAUGACCGUAUAGUCAUAAAACUAUACGUGUUGAUGUUGGACAUUUUUUUUCUCGACUGUUCGCCGCGUUGUCAUAGAAAUGAAAACAAUUAUUAUAUGGGCUUGUCAAAAGCAAUAAAAAGACAAAAUAGA